AUGGUGUUUUCAGCUUUGGCGGCACAGGGAGUGUCUCCAUUCCUGCAAAGCACUGGAAACGUUUCGGAUGAGUAUAACACCCAGAUCACACCUUCAGGAUGGACCUUCGCUAUCUGGGCCGUCAUUUACGCCUUCAUGGCGGCAAUUUUGCUCUUUGCUCUCAGCGGACUUUGUAGAAAAAACGUAUACGGUUAUGUCUACUGCAGCCCGGCUGCUUUGCCUCUGGGGUUCUUCGUGAUCUGGUGCCUCAAUCUGACUUUGAAUGUCAGCUGGCUGUUUCUUUGGGACAGAGGGCUGAUGAUCGUUGCUCUGGUCUUCCUGAUCCUUAUUGCCCUGACCAACUACACAAUGAUCUUCUUCUCCUGCCAUGGCCUCUGCAGUUAUGGAGCCUGGCUCAACAAAUACCACAAAGUGGAUCUGUGGCUCCACCGGAUUUUGGUCCAGAAUGGUAUUGCCAUAUAUGCCACAUGGACAACAAUUGCAAGCCUUGUCAACCUGACAAUCGUUCUGGUCAAUGAUGCAAAACUGUCUCAGACAGACGCGGCCACCAUUUCACUCUCUAUUCUGGCAAUUGUGCUGUUGGUGUGGUUUCUCCUGGAAAACUUGGUUCUGGACAAACACGUGAGGUACAUCCUCAUCAUCUACCCUGCUGUGAUCUGGGCCUUGACAGGAGUCUUCACCAAUAACUUUGAUGCUGUUGAUACAACCUACAAUCAAGCAUUCAUUGAUCAUGGAUAA